CAGGUGUUCCAAUCCCCUCCAAAUCAUGUGAUUCAGGUGUUCCAAUCCGCUCCAAAUCAUGUGAUUCAGGUGUUCCAAUCCCCUCCCAAUCAUGUGAUUCAGGUGUUCCAAUCCCCUCCCAAUCAUGUGAUUCAGGUGUUCCAAUCCCCUCCCAAUCAUGUGAUUCAGGUGUUCCAAUCCCCUCCAAAUCAUGUGAUUCAGGUGUGCCAAUCCCCUCCAAAUCAUGUGAUUCAGGUGUUCCAAUCCCCUCCCAAUCAUAGUCAAUAGCUAAAGACCUUCAAACUUGGUGUGGCCUUCAGAUGAGCCCAACAACAGUGCGUAGAGAGCUUCAUGGAAUGGGUUUCCAUGGC